CGACAGCCCAACCCACUAACUCUGCAAUCUACAGAGUGUACACACAACUACAAGUACGAUGUGGAGUUCCAUUGGGGAAGUGAUUAUCAUAUUUUCAGGCACUGCUUUUUUUGUCUGCCACGCUCUGGAAAAUGCAACUUUGACUGGUCCUCCUGUUGCUGCUGCAGUCCGAUCACAUUUUGAUGAUUGUCCAGAUACACAUCAACAAUUCUGCUUUCAUGGGACCUGCCGCUUCUUGGUUCAAGAGUCUUCUCCAGCAUGUGUGUGUCACCCUGGCUUCAUUGGGACACGGUGUGAACAUGCUGACAUUCUUGCUGUGGUGGCUGUCAGACAAAAACAACAAGCAAUCACUACAUUAGUUGUAGUGUUGGUCAUUGUCUCCGUUCUCCUGGUUGCAGCCUGUGUCUUACUACAUUGCUGUGGGAAGCGGAAGAAGUGUGAGUUCUGCCGAAGAAUGCUCGCUGGGCCUGAAGCCAGCCUGCUGAAGAGUGGGUCACCAAGCAUCCAUGGAGACACAGGCAAAGACUUUGAUCAUGUUAUUGGUGGGGUGUAAGAAUUGAUGGUAUUUUGAUGGCCUCUUCUGACCUCUGCAUCUCUUCACUGCCAUAGACAAUAAUGGGCUCUCAGCCUUCAUGUUCCUGCCAGAUCCAAGGUCAUCUCACCUUAGACAGAGGGACCACAUCUGUUGAGCACAGAAGAAAAUAUUUUGUAUUAUAUUGAAGCUCCAUUUUUUUUUGUUUGUCCUAUCACUUAAUUUAUAGAAACACUAGAGCUAAAACAGUGAAGAAUAUCUUCUCUUCAAAAUUUACAGAUUUUUAACAGAACCCAUUGAUAAAUAGCUGUGAGAUUGUAUGAUUAUUUAAGGACUAGAAAGAGUUCAAAUUAUAUGUAAAA